AUAAGAUAAAAGAAAUAUGAACAAAUUACUAUUAAAAAUAUCUGAUUUUGUAUUUAAUGUGAUAAUACCUAAUAUGAUAUUUAUACAAUUGAUUUAUAUAUGUUAAAAACAUGUAACAAGAUGUUUGUCGAAAAAUAAUUUACAUUUAGAUAAAUUAAAUAUUCAGUAUAUAAAAUUAAAUAUAUUUUUCCAAAUUUAAAAUAAAUGUAUGCUACAUAAAACUAAUUUAGCUAUAAAAAUAAAAUAGCAUAAAUACUGGUACUGCUGAAAAUUAUAAACCUAAUACCUCUCAAAUUAUAGUUUCCCAGAACUUCAAAUGUGUUAGACGUCAAAUAGAAUUAUGCUGAACUUCAUAUUUAUAGUCCUAACUAAAAUCAAUCUCAUCUAUUCUCUUAUCUAUAUAUAAAUUCCCUUUUGCACGAGGCUUCUUCUAACUCUAACCAAACCACCUCCUAGCAACCAAAGAAAGCAAAAACCCGAAUCAUCAAACACAGUAAUGGAGGCAUGCAGAUUAUUGAAGGAACUAACUCUUGGAAGAGGAACAGAAUUCAUUAAAGUUAGAAUUUCAAGAGAAUGGGAAGGGAGAAAAGCAGGAGCGACAUAUGCCACAACCAAAACUUAUAUCAUUAUUGACGAAGAGGGAACCCAAUUCCAGGCCGGGCCACUGCAGUUUGGUUUGAUAGCAGAUUUCUCAAAAAGACUGCAACUUGGAACUGUAUACUUGAUCUCAGACUAUGAUGUAGUCCCUGCGCCCGACACUUACAGGCCUGUGCCGGGAGAGUAUGCUAUUAACUUCCAUCGAAAGACCAAUGUCAAGAAACUUGGCGAUGUACCAGCUAUACCUAUGCUUCAAUUUGGCCUGAAGACUUUCGCACAGGCAAGAGGAAGACUCGGAGAUGUUGUAACUCUUAUAGAUGUUGUGGGAAAGUUGAAAGAUUAUACCGAUAUACAAACUGCAAAAAGCGGGAAGAAGUCAUUAGAUAUUGUCCUCUCAGACGAAAGGGAUGAGAUAACACUCACACUGUGGGAGAAUCAAGCAUUUGAUUUCCUCAACCGGAAAAAUGAGUACAACCAGCCAAAUGUCGUCGUUAUCAUAACUGGAACUUCCACUAGACUUGUCAGAGGAGAAAUUGUGUUGUGGUCAAGCAGUUCAACACAGUACUUUUUCAACAUUGACCACGAAGCUGUCACAACACUCCGUGAAAGUACUAAAUUGGAAAAUACUAUAAUACCCACACUUGUGCCAUCUAUGAGGACCCAGGACCAACCGAUGACGGCGAAUGUUGAAACUGUUCCAAUAGCAGAACUGUUUGAAGCACAACUACCGGAUGGAAAAAAUUUUAUUGAAUUCUAUACUAAAGCAACGGUGAUUGGCUUAUUUCCCGCCCAUGGAUGGUAUUAUACUGGGUGCAACAAGUGCGGCAAAAAAUUGAAUGACUUCGCCCAAUGUAUCAAAUGUUCGGAUGAAACAAAACCAAUACCGGUAUAUAAAGUAACACUUGCAGUUCAGGAUUCAACUUCUGAUACGUCGUUUGUCAUAUUUGAUAGACAUGUCAUGCAACUAAUAAAAGUCUCAGCACAACAUUUACUCAACACUGACCAGAACGCAACCCCAGAGAUUAUUCCAUCGGUUUUAAAUAACAUGGUGGGCAAGACCUGCAUAUUUAAGCUAAAACUGAAUCAAUACAAUACAGUUCAGCAUAGAGAAGGGUUCACAGUGACGGACAUAGAAGAAGUGGAAAUGACAAGACCAACUGCCAUUUCAAAAAUUGAUUCUUUCGAAGACAAGCCAGAACAUAACUUGGCCCAUCAAACCAAGGAACCAUCCAAACGUCACCUUCAGAACAAGAGAAAAACACCAGAUGAUCAUAAAAAUUCAGACCAACUUCUACCUAAUCCAGAAAAUACAUCAAAGAGCUUUUUAGAAGUCAAACAAUAUCAUGAUGCUCCGAGGGAUACAAUGAAUGGAGAUCAGAUUCCACCAGCAAAUUCUGGUACAAAGGGAAAGUCUGAAAACAAGAGCCGACGUUCUAAGACUUAAUCUGGCAUUUUUGGAAAUUACAGAAAGGUUCUUAAAAAUCUACCAUUAUUAUUAUUAUUGAUAAGCGUAGUAUUAUUAGAGUUAUUCAUGUUUCAAAUCUGGAAAAAAUUGAGAUUACAGACUAUCAUAUGACUUUGAUAUAUAAGGUUUUUCCCCCUAUUUCCAUGUUAAAGUUUACAUUAUACUCUCCAUCACAGUUUCUCUGGUUUACUGUACCCUGGUUUUAUUUCAUUUGCAUGAGUCUUUAUUUUAAUACAUUUGGUGUCAUACAAUGUCAGGAUGUUGCCAGGAUGUGAUUAUUUUUUCAAUUUAUAUAUGACGGAUAUCUAUGAUUAAAAGUAUUUACAGAUGACGCACUGGCUUCAGGAUUUUCCUUCAAUAAAACAGACAGCUUGGUGCAUCAAAAAAAUAUUUCACCUUACAAAUGAAAUAAUUUCUUCUGACAUGAGAGUUUAAUUAUCAAUAGAAUUGCCUAUUCUGCUGCCAAAUGCAUUGGAAAACCAGGGUGUAAGAAAUUGAUUACAUAUUUUCAAACUGAUCUUUUUAUAUUUGCUCAACUUAUCUGUGAUGACCUAUGGAAUUAUGCUCAAAUGAAUUGUGAAUUAUAUAGCUAAGAGACAGCUUGGUGCAUCAAAAAAAUAUUUCAGCUUACAGAUGAAAUAAAUUCUUCUGGCAUGACAGUUUAAUUAUCAAUACAAUUGCCUAUUAUAGUGCCAAAUGAAUUGGAAAAGCAGGGUGUAACAAAUUCCUAAUUAUCAAUACAAUUGGCUAUUAUAGUGCCAAAUGAAUUGGAAAAGCAGGGUGUAACAAAUUGCUGAAUAAAUGUUUCAUGUGAUCUUUUGUCACAAGGGAAGCACCUGCCAUGGUAUUGAUGAUACCUUCAUCAUGUAAAAGUUUCCUAAUGACCUGACUCUAAAUUUUUUAAGUCAUUUGUGGGUUUUUUCACAUAAUUUCAAGAUAUGGUUCACUUCUAAAACAUUUUUGUUACUUUCAGGAAUAAUCGCGCUCAAGUAGCAUUUUUUAGUUUAAUAUUUUUUUUUUACUAAUUUUACAACGUGUCUGUCAUAGUCUAGUGGAUACGUCCGUAUUUUAGUGAAGUGUAACAAGAUGUAGAAAGUCCGAGCAGUGCAUGCAUGAGUCCUGAUUUUUGUGAACCUGGAAUUGGACACGUGAAGAUUCUGAGCAAGGAAUCCUACUGGUACAAAGGCACUGGAUCAGUUGUAGCUGUUGAUCAAGACCCGAAAACGCAAUAUCCAGUUGUGGUGCGGUUCAAGAAAGUGAACUAUGCAGGUGUAUCAACAAACAACUAUGCAUUGGAUGAGAUUGAAGAAGUCUAAUGGGUGGUGUUGAUCAUGCUUAUGCUUUUGCUGUAAUCGAUAUUUAUAUUUAUCUCAAGCUUUUGUAACAUUGUGUAUCAUACUUGUACUAGCAUUCCUAAUCUUAAAGAAAUUUUAGUUGUAUAUUA